AUGGAGUCUUUAUUCUCCAGAUCCACCUCUGUAAUCUCCAGAUUGAGUUUCUUGUCUGUAUUGAUCGUGUUCUUGAUUUCUUCCUCAUAUUUCACUUCAACAGAAGCAUAUGAUGCUCUUGAUCCAGAAGGUAACAUUACAAUGAAAUGGGAUGUCAUGAGCUGGACUCCUGAUGGCUAUGUUGCUGUUGUUACCAUGUUCAACUUCCAGAAAUAUAGACACAUUCCAUCUCCAGGAUGGACAUUAGGAUGGAAAUGGGCAAAGAAAGAAGUCAUAUGGAGUAUGGUGGGAGCACAAACAACCGAACAAGGUGAUUGUUCAAAGUACAAAGGAAACAUACCACAUUGUUGUAAAAAAGAUCCAACGGUUGUGGAUUUACUCCCCGGGACUCCUUAUAACCAGCAGAUUGCUAAUUGCUGCAAAGGAGGUGUACUGAACUCAUGGGUUCAAGACCCUGGUAAUGCUGCUAGCUCUUUCCAGAUCAGUGUUGGUGCUGCUGGAACCACAAACAAAACCGUCCGCGUGCCGAGGAACUUCACUCUCAUGGGUCCUGGUCCUGGCUACACUUGUGGUCCAGCUAAGGUUGUUAGACCAACCAAGUUUGUCACCACCGACACACGCAGAACCACUCAAGCUAUGAUGACAUGGAACAUUACAUGCACAUACUCACAGUUCCUUGCACAAAGAACACCCACUUGCUGCGUUUCUUUGUCUUCUUUCUACAACGAAACCAUUGUUGGAUGUCCAACUUGCGCAUGUGGAUGCCAAAACAACAAAACAGAGUCUGGUGCCUGUCUUGAUCCUGAUACACCUCACUUAGCGUCUGUUGUGUCCCCACCCACCAAGAAAGGAACUAUCUUACCUCCUUUAGUUCAAUGCACGAGACACUUGUGUCCCAUCAGAGUGCAUUGGCACGUGAAGCAGAACUACAAAGAGUAUUGGCGAGUGAAGAUCACAAUCACAAACUUCAACUAUCGUUUAAACUACUCACAGUGGAACAUGGUUGCACAACAUCCAAAUUUCGAUAACAUCACUCAGAUCUUCAGCUUCAACUACAAAUCUCUCACUCCUUACGCAGGACUAAAUGAUACGGCUAUGUUGUGGGGAGUGAAGUUCUAUAAUGACUUCUUGUCGGAAGCAGGGCCUCUUGGGAAUGUACAGUCUGAGAUUCUGUUCCGUAAGGAUCAAGCAACGUUUUCUUUUGAGAAAGGAUGGGCUUUUCCUCGUAGGAUCUACUUUAAUGGAGAUAAUUGUGUCAUGCCUCCUCCUGACACUUACCCUUUUCUUCCUAACGGUGGUUUCCGACCAGAAGUGUCUGUCUUCGCCUCUGUGCUCCUCCCUGUUCUUCUUGUCUUCUUCUUCUUCUCCGCAUAA